AUGUCUGGGAUUCCGCCAGAUUCAUGGCAGCCGCCAAUUGUGACUUUGGAAACCACGAUGGGAAGUAUCACAUUGGAGUUGUACUGGGACCAUGCCCCAAAUACCUGCAAGAACUUUGCUGAACUGUCCAGGAGAGGAUACUAUAAUGGCACAAAAUUUCAUAGAAUAAUUAAAGACUUCAUGGUUCAAGGUGGCGAUCCAACGGGAACAGGUCGGGGAGGUGCCUCUAUAUUUGGCAAACAGUUUGAAGAUGAAUUGCAUUCUGAGCUCAAAUUUACUGGCGCUGGUAUCCUGGCAAUGGCUAAUGCAGGUCCGCAUACAAAUGGAAGUCAGUUCUUUCUGUCUUUGGCCCCGACUCAGUGGCUUGACGGGAAGCACACAAUUUUUGGCCGUGUGUGUCAGGGGAUGGGAGUUCUGAACCGCAUUGGAAUGGUGGAGACCAACAGCCAAGACCGACCGAUGGAUGAUAUCCAAAUACUUAGAGCUGCUGUAUCCUCUUAA